AUGUCCCCCUUCUCCCUGCGCAUCGAUUGCCAGGGCACGGUCGAUUGCGUAGCUGCUGGUCCUGGCACGGGUGCGAGCUCCGGUGACUUACGGCCGCGCUUGUGGGGGCGCAUCUGGGCGAGUUUCUCGGCUGACGACAUCAGCGACGUUCGCGAGGUAAAGGCGCGCGCCACGGCCUCCGACGUGGAUGCCGGACGGAUCUCGCCAGCGGACAGGAAGGCCAACCUGCGCGCCGACGUUCUCGCGAAGGAGGGUGCCGAGCUCCACGGUCUCAGCGAGGGCGACGCGGCGCACGCAGCGGCCGCAGAUGCGCCGGCGCCCGACGCGGGCCACAGCGUCCUGGAGGUGCCAGGGAGCCACGGCGCGGCGCAG